UACAUGGUUUUGUCUAUACAAUGUAGCUGCAAAAAACAGUGAUUUAAUUUCCGAUUUUUCACAUUACCAAAAUGAAUAAAGGGAAAAUAACUUUCGGAAAAAUCCAACUGAAGACUCCUGCAACCGAAAAUAAUGAACUCACGGCUUCAGGUUCCGGGUUUGGGUCUUUCGGUCGGAUCGAACCGCAGAAAACUGCAGUAUCUUCAUCAAAUGCCGCUUCCGACGUGGAGAAACUUUCUGCCGAUUUGGAAAACAGCCGUAUGCAAGAACUAAUGGGGAUUUCCGGUUUUGGUCGUAAGGCAAAGCAAUUCGAUAUCAAUGAAAUGAUUCAGAAAGCGAAGCAAAAUGCUCCGAAAGCUGAAGUGGAUCAAAACGCUAUUCCCGGUCCUUCUGGAGAUACAUCUGAAGCAGACGAAGAUAGCGAAACAGAAGCUAUUGGACCAAUGCCUUCACUGAUAUCCUCGGCUGAAAGCAGCAACAACACCAAAUCUAAGAAAGAACUCAAACAACAUUCUGCUGAAAAUAGUGAUGACAGCGACGACGAUGACGAGGACGAUUUCGACGAGGAUGCUCCAAUCAACAAAAUUCCAAAUUCACAUGAAGUUGAGAUGCGACACGGUUCUAAGGCCGUCAUUUCUCUGGCUGCUGACGCUUCGGGAGUGCGACUGGCUACCGGAUCGGUCGAUUACAAUUUGAACUUUUGGGAUUUCUCCGGCAUGGACAAAUCAAUGAAAAGUUUCAGAACCCUUCAGCCAUGUGAAAACCAUCCGAUUCGAGAUUUAUCUUACUCCAGCACGGGUGAUAUGAUUCUGGUUGUUUCUGGCAGUUCACAAGCUAAGGUUUUGGACCGUGAUGGAUUCGAGAAAAUGGAAUGUGUCAAAGGCGAUCAGUACAUAACAGACAUGUCCCGAACGAAGGGACACGUUGCCGGUUUGACCGGUGGUAGUUGGAAUUUUAUUAGAAAAGAUGAAUUCUUAACUAGCGCAAUGGAUUCCACUCUAAGGACAUGGGUUUUUGCGAAAUGCAAGGAACAAAAGAAUGUUAUUAAAACUAGAGCCCAAGGCGGCCUGAAGACGAUUCCGACAUGCUGCGCCUACAACCGUGACGCAACUUUAAUAGCAGCUGGCUGUAGUGAUGGUUCAAUACAGACAUGGGACACCAGAAGGAUGUUCGUGAGCACAACUCAUUGUGUUCGAGAUGCCCAUACUAAAGGUAGCGACAUUUCUUCAGUUUUAUUUUCAUAUGCUGGCCAAACACUCGCUACAAGAUCCACUGAUGAAACCCUCAAACUAUGGGAUAUGAGAUUAUUUAAAAAACCUCUUCACGUAUUUGAGAACCUCUUCUCUCGUUACGAUACAACUGACUGUUGUUUCAGCCCGGAUGAUACGAUGGUCCUUACAGGAGAAUCACUCCCGAAGGGACAAAAACUAUCCAAUCUGUACUUCUUUGACACAAAAACAUUUGAAACUGUUUGUACUAUUCCCAUCACGGACUCGCAUAUUAUUCGAACCCACUGGCAUCCAAAAUUGAAUCAGAUUUUCAUUGGAUGCGGCAACGGCAUCAUUCGUGGUCUGUAUGACGAAAAACGAAGUAUGAGAGGAGCUAAAUUGUGCGUAGUUCGGACAUACCGCAAGAAGAAGGACGUGGAAAUGGUUGGAGGAGCUCAGGUCAUCACACCGCAUGCGCUCCCUAUGUUCCGACAGGAAAAAACUCGCUCCCACAGAAAGAAACUGGAAAAGGAUCGUAUGGAUCCGGUCAAAUCCAAACGUCCAGAUUUACCCAUCACGAGCGGCCAGGGAGGACGUGUCGCCAGCUCUGGAGGAACACUUUCAUCGUACGUUAUCCGAAAUUUGGGUCUCAGCAAACGAGUUGAAGAUGAUCAAGAUCCUCGUGAGGCCAUUUUGAAGUAUGCUAAAGAAGCAGCCGAGAAUCCGUACUGGAUUGCUCCAGCAUACACCAAAACGCAACCAAAACCCAUCUUCAACAACGAAGAUGAACCAGACAGUAAGAAACCUAAAACAGAGUAACUUAGUUUCUGUGAAUAAAAUGUGUACUCAUCUGUAUGUUGUGACGUUCAAA